UCGCUGCAUGGGGAAGUGUCGUCGAUCCCCACGGAUAACUACUUUUUUCGAAGUUCCCUUUACACGGUUUUUUGUUUUAAAGUAUAACAGGAAAGUUUUUGUGUGUUCAACCUUUUGUUUUGUAGAACAUAAGAGAUCUAAGCCUGUCUUUGCGAGUGUUGUUCGAGUUAAUAAGUUUGUGUUUUUUGUUAUUGUUGAUUUUUUUGGUGCAUCGGAGAACGGCGGUUCCACGAGGUAACAAACGUGGACAUACAUUUAAACGGACCCCCGAGGACAAAAGCCUUUAGGGCGGGUGCCGCGGCCGGACGAGCGCUCGCCGCUCGCCGUCUCCGCCAAGCUGGCCGCCAAGCUCGCCAUGAACCCGCACUACCACGGGUACGCGGAGCUCAGCUCGCCGCACCCGGCCUCGCCCGACCACGGCUUCGCCAACGGCCACGACUACCCGCACCACAACAACAACGGCGCGCUCAAGGAGUGCGCCGGCUGCGGCGGCAAGAUCGUGGAGCGCUUCCUGCUGCACGCGCUCGACCGCUACUGGCACCACGGCUGCCUCAAGUGCACGUGCUGCGGCCAGGCGCUCGCCGACAUGGGCCGCUCCUUCUACUUCAAGGGGGGGAUGAUAUUGUGCAAGAGCGAUUACACAAGAAUGUUCGGCACAGGCGGCGCGUGCGCAGCUUGUGGCCAGGCGAUCCCCGCCAGUGAGUUCGUGAUGAGGACGAACGCGCCGCAACAACCCCUCCACGUGUUCCACAUAAAGUGCUUCGCGUGUUCCAAGUGCGGCUCGCACCUCAUGCAGGGCGAUAGGUACUAUAUGCUGGCUGGUUCACUCGUGUGCGAACAAGAUUGGCAGAAACUAAUGAAGAGCGCGAACUCCGGAGCUGGUCCCGGAGCGCCCGUGCGGAAGGGCAAGGUGGGGCGUCCGCGGAGGUCGCGGGAGUGAGCCCCGCCGGGCGCCGGGCACACCGGGCCUGCGCCCCGCACGCAGCGAGACUUCGAGGAGAUGAUGGCCUGUUCGUACUUGAGAGCGACGAAUAUCAAACCUGAACCGCCUGCUACCUGGUCCCCGUACACUGUACCACCUCGACCCCAAGCGACGGUGGUGACCAGACCCAGUGCAGAGCCAGCGCUCGACCUAUCGAUGACGUACAAGCCAUUACUGCCCCCAAACGAGAACUCGCAGUGAAGUGUUGUGCAAAGACAUUGAACUGUAGUCGAGUAGCGCGGGUGUCGACUUACCUUAUUGUUAAUUUAUUGUAAUUGAUGAUAGUCGAACAGUGUGAAUGUAACUUUAUAGUUAGCUCGGUAGAGUCAGCAACCAUCGAUCUUGGCCAUCAUAAUCAACUUUAACAUCUUUUAAUUUACUGUAUUUAUCGUGCGUUCGGAAAAAAUUGUAACGUGUGGGAAAGAACAUACCAGAAACUACUGUCCUCCAUCGCAAAUAAUUGUUUGUAUUUAUGUAGAUCGUAUAUUAAUGUUUGUAAAGUGCUACUGUGUUUAUUUUGAUGCCUCCUGUCAACGUCAUCUCUACAUGAUGUGUUACCAUAGAAUACUCCGAUUAGCCCCCUUCAAUGUACAAUCCAAUGAAAUAUGAAAAUAUCAUAAAGAUUAUAUUCGUUUAGCACUUCCGAAAAAUACGUAAUAUUAUUAGCGAUGCAAAGAAAGAUAGCCCUUAGUAUUAUCAAUUUUAAUGGUAAAUGAUGUCAGGUGACCGCUUUCGGUCUUGUACGCAAUUUCAAAGUAAAUUGUAUUUUUUUAAGGAAAAAGAUGACAAACGACCUAACAGGUCACCUGGUUUUACGUAAUUCAUCGCCGCCCUCAUUCUCUUGCAACAAAUACAGGAGCGUUACCGGCCUUUUGAGGAGAUGGACGCACUUUUUUUUAAGGUACCCAUGUUGUAUCUUCCCGGAAACACCGAGCAAGUAAGCUCAUUCCACAGCUUUGUUAUACGUGGAGGAAAAUUCCUUGAAAACCGCACUGUGGAGGACCGCCAUGUUGCCAGGUGCCUUGGCGUGUCGUGCGAAGGUGAAAUUCGGCGGCAGGAAUCAGGUCAAAUAGCUCUCCGGAACAAGAACAACAAUAAUUGAUUCUUGUACUCAUUUCAAGUCUCCCGAAUAGUUGAUAUGAGCGUCUUUAAAUUAGUUAUAAAUAAUUUAAAUCUCUUUCCAUUCGUUCAAGUAUUUCUAAAUAUGCAUAUAGCAUUUCUAGGAGGGCGGGGGGGGGGGGGGUAGUAGAGGUUUGAAAGAUUGACAUUUUAUUUUGCUGACUCUAUCGGUCACAUGUUUGUAAAUCUAUGUCGGUUGUUUCAUUUGGGUUGUGAAAUCGCAAUUUAUGUAAAAUUUACUCUGCUAUUAAACAUUCAAUUCUCAAUAUUAGGAAUUUAAGAAAUGUGUUAAACACAAGAGUGUUGUUUCUGUGUAAAGUGAUAAUAAUAUUAUAAACGUGUAAAUUUUGAAUGAUAUAAUUACAUAUCGCUAAUUAUUAACGACUUACCCUACCUAUUACUUCCUCAUAUUUGUUAAACUCACAUCUGCCAACGCAAUUUGUUUGCCUUGCUCGUGAUUAAUUUGUUUCGUGUUAUUUAUUUUGCGGAUGUUCAUUUAAAUAAAUAUCGGUCCUGGUAUGGAUCUUGAGCGGUGUGUCAGGCCAGAAGUCGACCGACAUGUGUACAUCGCACCCAGCGUACGGAACUCAAUGCAAUAUCAAUGCAUGCAGCUGCGUAUUCGAUUCGCACACAGCUUAAGGUCCUUGCUUGGAGACAUACAAAGAUCAACAAUAUUUGAAUAAUAUCUACAACGGAAUGGAUUGCUCCAACUUAGAUAGCUAAUGACGUAAAUAUAAGUAUAAGAAGACUGUGUAAUAUAAAUCACUGAAAAAUACACGAAGCUAGUUUGUUGGCACUUCUUCUGGUGCUUCAAUCACGAGUUGUCGGUGUAAAUGACGUGUUAUGUGAUAAAUAAAUCUUGUUUUCAAUUUUAUUUGUUUUGUGAACAUUAAAAACUACUAUUACUCAUGCGGGGCUCAUAUACUUUACGGGGAUUAUAACCAUCGAGGUAAUUAAUAUUAUGUACAACGUACUACAGAAGACGUUUCACCUUGAUUUUUAACACCAGUUGUGGUCACCUGUAGUCAACUCUCUUAGUCUGUGAAGAGCGGUUGUAGAAAUAACACGCAUUUCAGUGCAGAGUUUUUUUGAAAAUAUGCCUCCGUGUGUAUUGUGAUUAUAUAUAUAUAUAUAUAGUGUAUAAGUCAAUGAGGGACAUUACACCAGUAAGUUUAACAUAUUUUAUUUUAAACACGCAAACUUUAAUUAUAUUGUGUCGGUUAACUUAUAACGGGUGCCCGCGACGUGGUCCACGUGUAUUCUAUAAGCAGCAAAGAUACUAUGUUUGCAUAUAACGUGAUACUAUGUAUCCUAUGUGGCCAUGUUUUAUACGUAUAUUAAAAUGAGUUUUUGUAUUGAACUACCCGCAAACCCCCUUGCGAGUGAAUUAUCGUAAAAUCCAUUCUUAGCUGACGUCUAGUUGACGAAAGGAAUUUUCCUAGCAAAUUUCAAGUCUCUGGCUACGGUUCCAGAGAUACCGUGAUUAGUACAUAUGUGGUGGAAAUGUACCUAUUAUAUAUACAGGGAGUAACCGACAACCUCCGAAUACGGAAGGGUUUCGUAGAGCAUCCUAUAACUGAAUCAAUAAAGCAAAAAAGUUCUGUAUUCAGAAAAAAAUAUUUGUAGACCAGCUUUGUAAGGCAAUGUACAGUUUCUGUUCGGUAAGCUGUUGCGGCGAAAUCACAUUUCUGCUUUUUUGCCCCCUAUAAUUUGUUCAGAAUGUCUUCUCUGUGUAGGUCGUUGUACAUAUUACCUCAAUGAUUAUGACGUAGUAACCAGAUAUGACAUGAUCCAUUCAAAAUAGAAUCUCGGUUGUUUUAAAGAAUUUUUUGUGUUAUAUUUCCACACAAAAAACGGAAACACUUUGUAAAUAAAUAGCGUUGGUCCUAUUUCAAUAUAAAUCUCGUUAAUGUAUGAACAUUAAAUAUAACCUCACUUAAUAAUUAAAAUGUUUGUUACCUGUUUUUGUGUAUUUCCUAAACAUGACUCAAUAUUUUACACAGUUUUGUAUGUAAUAACUAAAUCUUGCCAAUGAGAUGUACCUUUUUUGUAUUCAAUUAAUACUUAACACACGUCUGUUAUUUCCAAUCAUACUAUUGUAUAUAUUCUCGAAUAUAUUUGUUAUUUCGUUUCUAAAUGUCAGUCUGUUACAUAAAUUUCAAUACUUAUUAACAUUUAAAUUUGUAAAUAAUAGAAUAAAUGAAUAGAUAUAAGUAGACGCAUCUUGUAUGUUAAGCAAUACAAAGUUUGUAGCAAUAACUUGGAUGCCAAUACCUUUACUUAACUGCAACUUAAUGAAUGUCCCUGUAUAUAAUAUAAAGUGUGUAUCUUAGGAUAACCAAUCUACUUAAAAUACAAAAGUAUUAAAAACGCGUAAGAUAUUUUAAACGCCAACAUUUUAAUUAAAUCAAAAAUCAUUCUAAAUAAUAGUCUUCAAGUUAUUAGAUAGAUAUAUUUUAUUCAAUUGAAUGCCAUUUUUCGUAUUUGUUAAAUGUGUUAGCGUUUAAACCUUGCCAGUUAUCAGUCUUGUUAAUUAAAUUUCACGUAGAAGACAGUGUUACCAUUUAACAUACAGAAGAAUCUUUCUAACCUAAGUCAUUGCGACAGGAGAAAUUAAAUUUUGUAAAUUAA